GAAACUCCGCCCUCAUUCACACGUAAUCAAAAUCAAAUAAACACGGAAGCCAACCUUCGACCACCUGGCAUGUUGAUGUUAAAUGUUUGCCUGGGUUUUUAAACAUCAUAAAUGUCAGUAGUUUGUGAUGACGAGGUGGUCAAGCGGUGGGAAAGGGAGCAGGCCAGCCUGAGGCAGCGGGUGGUGGAGGAGGACACCGAGGCGUGGCAGCGAUGCCCCCGCUUCUCCACCCUGGAGCGGGUGGGCGGAGUCGACCUGUCCUUCAUCAAGGGGGACGAGGUCAACGCCUGCGCCCAGCUGGUGGUUCUCAGCUACCCCGACCUGGAGGUGCUCUACGAGGACAGUCAGAUGGUGAGGCUGACCGCCCCCUACGUGGCGGGCUUCCUGGCCUUCCGCGAGACGCCCUUCCUGCUGGAGGCGCUGCGACGCCUGGAGAGGAACCGGCCCCAGCUGCUGCCUCAGGUCGUCCUGGUGGACGGGAACGGCCUCUUCCACUACAGAGAGUUUGGCCUGGCCUGCCACCUUGGGGUGCUGUCUGGGAUUCCCUCUGUGGGCGUGGCCAAGAACCUGCUGCAGGUGCAGGGCGUGACCAAGAGCGAAGAGCACCAAUCACAGGUGAGAGCGUCACCCUUCAGCAUGCCCCACGCCUUCUUACUACUGGUGGAGACAGAACGUGUCAAUCCUCACUAAUAGAUCCAAUUAUAUGUUAAGAAAACCUUUCUAACUAAUUGAAACCUUAAACUAUUAAUUAUUUCCUACUGGAAUUGACCUGAUCCCUGGCUAUUUUGUAAGAUGAAUAACCAGUGCCGUUAUUAUCAUGGAUAACAUUUCAUCAGCUCUUUCCCAUGCCAAGAUUAAACUAGACUGUGUUUUUAGACAUAGUUUUCUUUUUGUAGAUGGGGUGACCUUUAUGAGUGCUGCUUCAAUGGAUGAACAAUGAGAAAGUUUAAGUGUGGGUGUGUGUGUGCGCGUUUGCGUGUGCGUGUGUGGUUCAUCUGACAUUAGUUUCAAGCCAACAGGCUCAGUGUGACUGCUUGCAUACUGAUCAAGCUACAACAAGUUCCUAUUAGUCCAUGAAUACCGAUGGGGGAGUCUGCCGGGCUCUGUGACCUGUGUUGGGAAGGGGAACCAAAGCACUUUAAUGUUUGUGCUGUCCCAGUUCUGUCCAGACUGUCUAGCUUUAACAACAGAGGUGGUGACCUAAAGGAAACCCCAGCCCUCCCUCUGCUGCUGAGAGAUGUGAUGGAGUCCAUCUUACUUCCAGGCCCUGUUCUUAUUUCAAUUUAUUGGAUGUUUCCUUAAAAAUAAUACUGGUCUGUGUAUAUACUAUGUGGUACUAACCAAACCCAACACUGCCUUCUGCACAUGGCCCUAAUACACCUUUGUGUUAUUCAAGGUCUUAGUUUGUCUACACGGACACAAAAAUGAUUGGUCAUCAA